AUGCCUGGGGCUGAUCCGUUGCUGGUCGCUGACGGAAAUACUCCAACUUUGACUCUGUUGGAUCACAGAAUCGGCUUUCCCCAUGACAAAGCGCAGUCCAUUUCCGGGUCAUCACAUGUUGGUUUGCUGCAGAGCACAAGCCUCAUCUCGCGUCCUCCGACGGCCUCUAACUAUCUGCUGGGGAUGCUGCGAGCCGGACUUUGGGGGACAGCUUCGCAGAACUCAACGCUGGGAUGGGAAGGACUGGACACGCGACCGGACGCGGGGGACAGUUCGGGAUGGAUUGGAGUUAAGAAGGGGGUGAGGGGAGCGUUAUUUGAGUUCCUGCGGCUGCACCCGGACAUCCGCGCGCUCGGCGCAGAGCCGCACUUUUUUGACAGACACUUCGCGCGCGGACUCGGCUGGUACAGGAGCAUGAUGCCUAAAGCCCUCAACGGGCAAAUUGUAAUGGAGAAAACACCCAGAUACUUCAUCUCCCCAGAGACACCGGGCCGCAUCCAUGCCAUGUCACGCGACAUCAAGCUGAUCGUGGUGGUGCGGGACCCCAUCACCCGCGCCAUUUCAGACUACACCCAGAUCAUCUCCAAGACGCCCGACAUCCCAAGCUUCGAGAGCCUGGCGUUCAGGAACCGAUCCACGGGACAGAUAGACUCCCUCUGGAGCCCGCUGUACAUCGGCCUGUACGCCAGACACCUGGAGCGAUGGCUGGCCUACUUUCCGCUCUCGCAGAUCCAUUUCGUCCACGGUGAGAGGCUGAUAAGUGACCCGGCGGGCGAGGUGGGCCGCGUGCAGGACUUCCUCGGCCUGCAGAGGAUCAUCACCGAUAAACACUUCUACUUCAACAAGACCAAGGGCUUCCCUUGCCUUAAAAAGCCAGAAGGCAGCAGCAGACCCCACUGCCUGGGCAAAACCAAAGGCAGAACACAUCCUAAAAUCGACCAGAAGGUCAUUCAGAAACUGAGGGAAUUCUACCAGCCUCACAACCUCAAGUUCUACCAAAUGGCAGGCAUGGACUUCGGAUGGCAGUGGACCCGGAGGUCAUUCAGAGCCUGA